AAACGCUCACAAUCCGCCAAACUCCCGAAGAAGCCCAAAGCCUUCGCAACCCAAGCCCAACAGGAGGAAUUUACUGUCAGGAUCAACGAUGCGUCCAUGAACUGGGAGGCUAUGGUCGUGAUCCUAUGCGAAGCCUUCGAGAUCCCGCCUCUGACGAAGCGGAAAGGCCUCAAGCAAAUCCACGCGAAUUUCGACCAGCUCUAUGGCCGUCUUGAUGCCGCAUACAACAUGUACACCGAGAAGGGGCCGGAGUUCGAGAUGAUUCUAGGAGGUAUCGUCGGGAUAUAUGCGAAGAUGUGUGCGGACUCACUUCUCCGCGACAAACUCUUCGAGAAAGGUGUACUGUCGAAACUUGUCCCCCUCCUUGACUCUGGAAAAUGCCGACUGGUUGCGCUGCGCUCGUUACGGACCAUGACCCGGCAUGGCAGUCUUCGCAUAAAAACCGAGAUUGCCCGCAGAACUCCGAGCCUCCUUCGACUCAUGCACGACAAUAUAGACGACAACUCGCUUCAAGAACUAUCCAUAGGCGUUCUCUACCACUCCGUCUCCGUCGUUGUGCACGACGAGACCAAACCUCCCACUGCGGAUAUUCUACGAGAUAUCGAUAUACCGCAGAUGUUCAGGGUAGUCCUCGAAGUGCUGAAGAGGCCUGGUUGCUCGUCCGACUUUGCCGGGUCAGCAAUGGCGCUUCUCCAGAACACAACCUACAAUUGUCACGAAGAGUUCGAAAGGAACACCUCGGCAGCGAGAUAUUUGAUCGCGUUCUUGCGAAGCGAUAUACUCACCGUCCGGUGUGUAGCGCUCAGCAGCCUAUUGCGCAUUCACACACUCUUGAACGAACAAGACCGGACCCAGUUCGAUAGCGCGAAAGCCCAGGCCGCGAUGACUAGCGGCCACUGGCCGCCACACGUCGGGGACGCAUUCAAGAAGUAUGGUUACAUGAAGUGCGACACGUUCGUCAUGUUCCAAACUGCAGCCGACUUUCAAGUCGCCAUGUUUGAUGUUGCAAGAAGCCGCGACUUUUACGCUCUCGGAAAGACCCUGGUCGAACUUGUUCUACGGACCGAGUUCUCCAUUAGCCAUGGACGGUAUGAUACGAAGGAAUUCCUCGGAUUACCAUUCACUGACUGGGCGGACGUGGUGCCAUUUGCCGCUCAGGGUAUCCGGGAGAAAGGGACCCAAAACGAAACAUUCUGGGCGGACAUGCUUGACCUCAAGUACCUGGUCAUGAACGAACGUGCCGUCCAGGCGGUGGCAAGGGCUCUCGCUGCCAUUGACAAGUAUCCGGAUGUCGCCUACUUCUACUAUAUCGUCAGCCUCACUGCAGAGCGCGAACUCGGUCUGCGCUAUGCGAAGAAGGGAUUAUGCUGCAAGACGACGAUGACGCCGUUCGUCAAGCACGCAUUACUCUUCAGAGCCGUCGAACACGCAGGAGAACUUGCUUUAGCCGCGUUCCACGAAUCGCAGAAGGAUGUUCGUCGGCGGGAGGAAGGGGUAGCCUUCCUCAUGAGCGCCUUGGACGACGCCAGAGCGUACAUGGCCGAGGUACCCCCUGACGCGAGAAAUUUGAGGCACGUCGCCAACUGGUAUGUCGUCUUGACGUUGGCGAUCAAGGGCAAGGGGAUCUCACCGGACUUAAGAGAGGUUGCAGACGUGUUGGACAAAAUCCGUAUUAACGAGGAUUUAACAGAGUUCCUCGGGGCCCGGCUCGCCAACACCCAGCUACGCCGAGCGCGAAUAAUGGUGGUGACAGGUUACGCGGCUGCUCAGCAAGAAUGGGGCAAGGUCGUGAAAAAAUACGACGAGGAGCGUGACAUAGAAGCCCACAAGACUAUAGAUCAAGCGAAGGCGACGGACGAUCUCGCUGCGUGGCUCGACGAGAAACUGCAUGUAGAGGACGACGAGGACGAUAAUGCUGAAAGCUAUCCGGACGAUCCCUACAUCCACAUGCCGCGGUGGAUGAAGCCGUACUUCACCGUCUCCCUGUACCGGUGUAGCUUCUGUGGAAACCCCAGUGCGGCGCUCAAGAAGUGCGGACGUUGUGAAAAAACGAGAUAUUGUGAUGCGUCUUGCCAAAAGAAACAUUGGAAGGCGCACAAAACCGACUGCCAUACUUCUCCCUAAUUCAACUACUCCAGCUGCUAUAUAAUCUUUGUAGACCAACGUUUCGUUACUCUCCUGUGAUAGAAUCUUGCCCUAGAAUCAUGUCAAUACAGUAUUUUACACUGCCAGCUCUGUAUAUAUUCCAGUAUAAUUAACCCG